UCUAAAAAUUGCAGUACUUCCUUCCACUUACCGGUUAGAUUGCUACAUUCUCCGAAAAAUCCGUCUGUAAAACCAGUGCUGAUUUUGAGAGUGCUGUGCAAAUGAUCUUUAGAGACAGACUAAAAUCUGAUUGUUUUGAAUGCUGUUAAAGUAUUAGAGGAAGAAAGCGCGAAAUGUUACUGUUGAAUGUGAUUAGAUUUCUGUUUACUGCAGUUAGUGUGAUACAAGCUAACGAGAGGCGUCAGUUAUCAACCACCCUUUGCACGUCGGAUCUUUGCAAACAAACGGCCCGUGAAAUUGUCUCCAGCAUGGAUGAGAAUGUUGAUCCAUGUGUGGAUUUCUACGCUUACGCUUGCAACCGCUGGAACAGAAGCUCUGGUAUGGCGAACGAAGCGCUCGUUCCCAAAAUUUUCAGGCAACUACAAGAGCUGUUCGACAGUGGAAAUUACACCAAUCCCACGGAACAAAAAGCCAUCGACAUAUACAACCAGUGCAUCAACCGCACACAUGAAAAGCCAUUCGACGACGGCAGUCUUGUGCGCGCUAUUGAUGACGUGCUUGAUGGAUGGUCGCUUUUAAACGACCACCGCAAUGUGUCCUCUUUUCGCCUGGAGCAUACACUCGUCCGUCUGCAGCAGAACGACAUUCGGACCUUCAGCGAUCUUACCGUAUUAAGAAACGAAUUUUCUAUCAACGAGAAUAUCUUGUACUUUGCGACGCCCAGUCGCCUCUUUGGAAGGUGGAAUUUGGAAGCACUGGUUAACGCUCAUAACAAGCCUACCGUUCGCAAUGCGACUGCGCAACUGAUGAAUAAAUGGACGCCGGUCGUGCGGCGCCUACUGAUUGCGGCCAGUGCAAGCGUCCAGUGGUCAACAAUUGAAAAGCGAUUGGAGAAAGCUCUUACGUUGGAUGCUAUGCUGGCGGCGGGGCCAACAGAGGCGGUAGCCUAUCGUAAGCGUUUGACCUUCGGAGAUCUUACACGACCACCAUUUCGUUCGCGUUUUCUAGCAAACUUCUUGCCGCUGUUUAACGCCAUGCUUAAAGCGUCUUCGGUGCAUUUUCAUGCCACAACUGCCACGCAGUUUGGAGCUCCGCUUCAGCUUGAAUAUCUUCUCAAUCUUGAUCAAACGAUGGCGCAGCUGGAAUGCGACGGGGAAGCGGGGUUGGCGACACUGGCUGAUUGGCUGUGGUGGACUGCCUUCUAUCACUUCCACCUGGUAUAUCGAGGGACAGGAACCUGCGUGGGGUUGGUGAAAGCCACAAUGCCGUUGGCCGUCUCAGGAAUGUUCCUCAAGAAAUAUAUACCGCGCGAAGCCGUUCAAAAGGCAAAAGUGCUGACAUCCGAAAUUGCAAACAGCGUGCGCGACGCGGUCUUACUCAAAACAACCUGGAUGGACCGGGCAACACAAGAAGCCGCUAUGGAUAGGCUGAAGCAUACACUGCAAAAUGUUGGGUAUCCCGAGGAGUUUUUGGAGAACUGGAGGCUCAUCGAUGACCUCUACGCAAAGGUUCAAGUAGGAAAGUCACUCUACGACACACUGCGCACUAUCGAUCAAAGCAAUAGCUGGAUUAACCUACAAAAGCUUUCCCGUACCAAUGCCCGCAACGAUCCGUUUUUUCCGACCGAUCUGACCUCGAUAAACGCUAAGGUGUACCCGGACAGCAAUUAUAUUGUCAUUCCGGCAGCACUCUUACAGCCACCCAUGUUCUACGCUAACGAUUUGGAAGUUCUUAAUUACGCUCGCUUAGGUGCUGUCAUUGGGCACGAAUUCACCCAUGUUUUUUGAUAUCCAAGCGAAACAAAUCGGUGAAGACGGGAUGUUGUUUAACUGGUGGACGGAUGCGGCUUGGAACGCUUAUAAUGCUACGAAGUACGCUUUAGUGGAUUUCUACAACAGGAUCAGCACGAAGAAUGAUAACGUCGAUGGACGACAAACUUUCAUCGAGAACAAUGCCGACAACGGCGGAUAUCGUGCUGCUUACUUGGCCUUCCAUAAUUUUAUGCGCCGCACGGGAUACCGAAUCAAACUGCCGGGAUUAGAAAAACUGAAUGAGGAGCAACUGUUCUGGUUAACAGGGGCUCAGACAUGGUGCGCCGGUAGUGGAGCAUCAGUCGACGCAAUACACGCGCCCUUCCGAUUCCGUGUGAUGGGACCGUACAAGAAUAGCGCGGAAUUUGGUGCAGCAUACAACUGUCCGCUGGGAUCUCCGAUGAACCCGUGGAUUAAGGCGUGGUAGAGAUGGCUUAAACUUUUAGAUGGUUUAAACUUUUGGCAAAGAAAUUCUUACUGUGCGAGAUGAGAGGUGGCUUAAUCAGGUAACAUCUAUAAUCCAGCGAAUGCUGCAGCGCAUAUACGAACGAGUCCAAGUUAAAACAGGAGCAAAAUCAACUUGUUUCGCAGUAAUAUACCUCCUACAAUUAUCGGAUAGCUAAGAACCGAUAGCUAACUAGUGAAUGGUAAGAUGCCUAAAUACUGAUGAAUCGGAAACUGCUGCUUAAUCGCUGUUGUGUUCAGCUCAGCUGAAGGUGAUGAAUGCGCUACCGAGCCAAUGCUAAUGCUCCUCGUAUUUUUCGCCAACAACGCACAACGAAAUAAACAGAAACUACCGUACAUGCACUUCUUCAAGAUAAUUUUUUAUGUUCAAGCGUAAAUGAUUACAAUUACAAA